AUUGGUGCGAUUUGAUAGUGAACAAAUAGUACGGUCGGUAUGUUUUCAUAUCAUCACGUUUUCUCACUAUUGCAUUUAGAGACAAAAGACAACUGUGAACAUGGCAGGGGAUAAAACACAAGAGAAAGCACCAGCGAAUAUACACAAAAGUUCAUUAUCAAUUCGGGAUGGUAUAGAAAUUCGUUCAAUACAAGUAUGUCAUCGUGACAAAGUACUAGAAUUCCUACGAUCACAUUACUAUCUGGAAGAGCCUUUGACAAUCGGAAGUGAUCCAAAAGAACAAGAUCCGGAAGAUGAAAAAUUUAACAUGUCUCAGAUAUCUCACGGAACUUGUUUAAUGGCAUUGAAUGAGGAACGGAUUGUUGGAGUUUUAAUUUCCGGACCAAAGAGUAGUAACGAAGCCGAUCAUUUAUUCGAAGAUGCCGAACGAUUCGGACCCACUAAAUGGGGUACUGCUUUAAAAAUCUUAGCAUGCGCUGAAAGAGACUCCAAUGUCUAUGUACGAUACAACGUUUUGAAAGCAUUGCAUAUUCAUAUAUUAGCUGUAGAUGCAAAACUACGCGGACGUGCGAUCGGCGCAAGUCUGAUAGAAGAGAUAAAAAAGCUUGGUCGACAAUUGCUUUAUCCACUGUUGACUUUGGACUGCACAAGUUAUUAUUCAGCAAAACUCUGCGAGCGUCUACACAUGGACCUUGUGAAUGUUAUAAAAUAUGAAGAUUAUCUGGAUAAAGAAGGCAAACCUAUUUUCAAACCUCCGCCCCCUCACCAAUUCCUUAAAACAUUUGCAACAAGAUUAUGAAUAUUUAAAAUAAUAGUAAUAACUAUCAGCAGAAAUAAAAAUUGACUUGAUGUAUCACA